CGAGUGGCUGGAAAUUCCCGCGGCGGCGGCUCCUCCCCCGCAGAAAUCCCCUCGCCGGGCUGUAUAGGCGCCGCCGCCGCCGCCGCCGCCGCCGCUCACUCGCGGAUGCCCGUCCGUGUCGGAACGCCGCCACCAGCAGCAGCAGCCGCGGCGCCGCGCCGCCCCUCCAGCCCCGCCGCCAUGCUCAGCGCCCACCGCCCCGCAGAGCCGCCCGCCGUGGAGGGCUGCGAGCCGCCCCGCAAGGAGCGGCAGGGCGGGCCGAUGCCUCCCGACGACCGCCACGACAGCGGGCUGGAUUCCAUGAAGGAGGAGGAGUACAGGCAGCUGGUGCGGGAGCUGGAGGACAUCCGCCUGCAGCCCCGCGAGCCGCCCGCCCGGCCGCACGCCUGGGCCCAGCAGCUCACCGAGGACGGCGACACUUUCCUCCACUUGGCGAUCAUUCACGAAGAGAAGUCCCUGAGCUUGGAGGUGAUCCGACAGGCCGGUGGCGACGGCGCCUUCCUGAACUUCCAGAACAACCUCAGCCAGACUCCUCUCCACCUGGCGGUGAUCACUGACCAGCCUGAGAUCGCCGAGCACCUGCUGAAGGCUGGCUGUGACCUGGAUGUCAGGGACUUCCGUGGGAACACCCCGCUCCACAUUGCCUGCCAGCAGGGCUCGCUCCGCUGUGUCAGCGUCCUCACACAGCACUGCCAGCCCCACCACCUCCUCGCCGUCCUGCAGGCCACCAAUUACAAUGGACAUACAUGUCUCCAUUUGGCAUCUAUUCAAGGAUACCUGGCUGUUGUUGAGUACCUGCUGUCCUUAGGAGCAGAUGUAAAUGCUCAGGAGCCAUGCAAUGGGAGAACAGCACUACACUUGGCCGUAGACCUGCAGAACUCAGACCUGGUGUCACUUCUGGUGAAACACGGGGCAGAUGUGAACAAAGUGACCUACCAAGGCUACUCCCCAUACCAGCUUACAUGGGGACGAGACAACUCCAGCAUACAGGAGCAGCUGAAGCUGCUGACCACAGCUGACCUGCAGAUACUGCCCGAAAGUGAGGACGAGGAGAGCAGUGAAUCAGAGCCAGAGUUCACAGAAGAUGAACUUAUGUAUGAUGACUGCUGUAUUGGAGGAAGACAGCUGACAUUUUGAAGCAGAGGUUUCUGUGAAAAGUGACUAUGUACAUAUGUAAAGGAAAAAGAGCCUGACUUUCUUCAUUUAAAAGGAAAGUCUAUACUCGAAGGAGAAAAAAGUGCUGAGAUACUACACUGCCCAGCCAGGAGCACAUCAUGCUAACAGGUUCCAUGUUCUGACCUGUGCUUAAGUAACGGGAAUGGGAUGUGUAACAUCGUUAAGAGAUCAGUGAACAUGCACACCACCUGAGAACGAGCCACAUUACCUAAUAUUCUCUGCCACAUGAGGAUAACGGACUGCAUAUCCAAUGUACUGUUGUCAGAAAUGCGUUUGUGAGCUGCCUUGUAACACUAAGUGCUGUGAGGAGUGCUCAUCCCCUCGGUGGCAAGACAGACUUGCACAGACAUCCCGUUUGCUUGAAGACUGUGAGGUUGGCAUUAGGUUGAGGCACUGCUGUGCCCUGCUCCCUGACCCUGGCUGCUCAGGGUUGAGGUGCAGCAGGUGGAGGAGUCUGACCAUGGAGAGAUGACCUGGCUGCUGGGAAGAAGGUAGCAAUGAUGUUAACUGUGGGCAUUGGAAACUGUGUGUUUCACACCAUGUGUGUCAUAAUUGCUACACUUUUUAGCAACUGUAUAGAAUGUAAAUACUGUACAUUUUUGUUUAUAAUUAUUUUGGUACCUGUGAGAUAUGUAUUUAUUAAAAAAGCAGAUUUCUGUACCCA